UUCUUCAUUUUGUGGUUCCAAUGUAGAAAAGGGCCACAAUGUUUUUCAACUUUUAGCUAUUGUGAGAUUCUCUUAUUAGCUACAACCCACUAUCUUCAAACCAUUUAUAAACACUACAAUCACCACAACAUUUUCAUACUCAACAAGUUUAUAUCAUUGAAUUAUCAAUGGCUUCAAGUUGGACACCAAAACAAAACAAGUUGUUUGAAAAAGCACUUGCGAAAUUCGACAAAGAUACGCCCGAUCGAUGGCAAAAUGUCGCGAAAGCGGUUGGUGGUAAAUCAGUUGAGGAAGUUAAGAGACACUAUGAGAUACUCUUGGAGGAUCUCAAACACAUUGAGUCUGGUCAUGUUCCUAUUCCAAAUUACAAAUCCACGUGAACUAUGAACAAUGUUGAUGAAGAAAAUAGAUCAUAAGGUUUCUGAAGUAUCUAAAGCUCAAUGGAUUUGAAGCAAUGCAAUGCAUGUGUCCUCCAUAUGUUUCCCCAUCCACCAUUGUAAUUUUGAUUAUUUUAGUUAAUUAAGUAUUUCAUUGUGUGCAAGAAAAAGUUUCUGAAGUGUUUUCAAUAACUCUUUUGGUUGUCAUGGCAAAUCUAAAAUCAUGCAAAAAAAUAUGUCACUUUUAAUUCUCCUAAUUAUGGCAUGCAUGUAGAAUUUAAACUUUAAGUGUACGCAAUUUAUAAUUCAAUGGAUAAAUAUUAAUAUUUUUAUAUUGAA